GAGAAAGCAGAAGAGCACACAUGGCGACAAGAAUCAAGAUGCUCACGUCUCUCGCCAUCUGUGCCGCGCUUGUGCUCGUGCUCCUUCCGUUCACGGCGGCCGAUGGCGGCGGUGGCGCCAAGGGCGCGGCGCCAUUCGACUACAAGAAGGCGCUCCACAGCAGCCUCCUCUACUUCGAGGCGCAGCGAUCGGGCCACCUGCCGCACAACCAGCGCGUCAAGUGGCGCGGCCACUCGGGCCUCGCCGACGGCCUGCAGCAGGGCGUAGACCUCGUGGGCGGGUACUACGACGCCGGCGACAACGUCAAGUUCGGCCUGCCGAUGGCGUUCACGGUCACCAUGCUGUCGUGGAGCGCCAUGGAGUUCGCGGACGACAUCGCGGCCGCCGGCGAGUGGCGGCACGUGCUGGAGGCCAUCAAGUGGGGCACCGACUACUUCGUCAAGGCGCACACCGAGCCGUACGUGCUCUGGGCGGAGGUCGGUGACGGCGACACCGACCACUACUGCUGGCAGCGGCCCGAGGACAUGACCACGUCGCGGCAGGCCUACAAGGUCGACAGCGACAACCCCGGAUCCGACCUCGUCGGGGAGACCGCCGCCGCGCUGGCCGCUGCCUCCAUGGUGUUCCGCCGCUCCAACCCCCACUACGCACAAGUUCUCCUCCACCACGCCGAGCAGUUGUUCGAGUUCGGGGACAAGUACAGGGGAAAGUACGACAGUAGCAUCGGCGAGGCGUAUAGCUACUACGCGUCGGUGAGCGGGUACGGCGACGAGAUGCUUUGGGCGGCGCUGUGGCUGCACCGGGCGACGGGGAAGGCGAGCUACCUGGACUACGCCGUGGACAUGGCCGACGAGUUCGGCGGCACCACCUGGGCUAUCACGGAGUUCAGCUGGGACGUCAAGUAUGCCGGCCUCCAGAUCCUCGCCACCAAGGUGCUGCUGGAAGGGAAGCACCCGGAGCACAAGGCGACGCUGGAGAAGUACAAGGCCAAGGCGGAGCACUACCUCUGCGCCUGCCUCAACAAGAACGGCGACGCCGGCAACGUCAACCGCACGGCCGGCGGCAUGCUCUUCGUCCGGCAGUGGAACAACAUGCAGUACGUCACCAACGCCGCAUUCCUCCUCACCGUCUACUCCCGCUACCUCACUUUCGCCGGCCACGAGCUGCCGGUGCUGCAGUGCCCCGACGGGCCGGCGCACGCCGAUGAGCUGCGGGCCCUGGCACGGGAGCAGACCGACUACGUCCUCGGCGCGAACCCUGCCGGCGUGAGCUACUUGGUCGGGUACGGCCAGCGGUUCCCGCGGCGGAUGCACCACCGUGGCGCAUCCAUCGUGUCCCACCGUGGCGACGGCAGGUUCAUCGGGUGCAUGCAGGGGUACGACAACUGGUUCCUCCGGAGGGGAUCAAACCCGAACGUUGUCGUCGGCGCCAUCGUCGGCGGGCCGGACCACCUCGACCGGUUCAGGGACAGGCGUGACAACUACAUGCAAACGGAGGCAUGCACGUACAACACCGCGCCCAUGGUUGGCAUCUUCGCACACUUGCACGGUGAAACAGCCAUCACGGAGAAAAGUUGAACUGGAAAAGUUCUAAGAUUAGUGUGCAGUUUCACUGAACUGAUCUAGGUUAACUGUUGUAGUGUUCCUUUUUUUUUUGCGGGGUGACUGUUGUAGUGUUCCUAUUGGUAGAGAGGUAGAGAAUGCAGAGUAGUGGUGCAUGUGGUUUGCAAACACGAUGGAUAGAUUGCAUGGCUGCAUAGGCCGGCAUUUUAAGCUGCAAACACAUAUCUGUAUCAACACAUUUUGUAGUUCGUGUCUGCGCAUGUGCUAGAAAGAGUCGGUUUUGU